UAGCAAAACAAAUAAUAAAAAUAAAAAUGAUUAGGAAGCCUCGAAGCCUUAUCUGCUCGUCGUCGUCGUCUUCUUCUUCUUCGAGCUCAUCUUCUACCAUUCACGUUCUCUACGAGGUGCAGGAUAGGAACUCUCAACUUGUUCCUUGAGGUUGAGUACGAUUCUUAACAAUCUUAGCAUGGCAAUGCAUUCGCAUUGAGCAAGCCAAGUAUGUAACAGGUAUUCGAUUAAGAAGAAUCAACCACCGAUUAUCAGUGCUGUUUCAAGCUUUAAGCUCGCCAUCGAUUCUCCGAGCUCACUCGGCUCUGUCGCCUUUCUGGUUGGGUCGAUUCUGUACAAUGAAUGCUUCAUUUUGCUGUAAUCAUAUUCAACAACACCCACAACUCUUUAAAACUCAACAUCCAAGCUCCUCCCUGAGGGCGAGAAACCCUAUUCAAUGGCCAUCUGCAGUUAUUCAGACGGCGGAGAGCCAAGUGGCGACUGAGGAAGCUACCUCCCAAUCGGAAUCUGUUGCUCGUCGCCUUAUUCUGCUUCGUCAUGCUAGGAGUUCACGGCAAAAGCUUUCAUUGCGAGAUCAUGAUCGCCCCUUGAGUAAAGAUGGAAAAGUUGAUGCUAUUAAAAUUGCUCAUAAACUCCAAGAAUUGAGUUGGAUCCCUGAACUUAUUUUAUCCAGUGAUGCCAAGCGAACCAGAGAAACACUUAAGAUAAUGCAGGAUCAAGUUAGUGGUUUUUCGGAAGCAGAGGUUCAUUUCAUUUCCAGUUUUUAUUCCAUUGCUGCCAUGGAUGGUCAGACUGCGGAGCACCUUCAGCAGGUUAUCUGUAAUUAUUCAAGGAACGAGAUAAUUACAGUCAUGUGUAUGGGACAUAAUAAAGGGUGGGAAGAGGCAGCCUCAAUGUUUAGUGGUUCCUCCAUAAAACUGAAGACAUGCAAUGCUGCUUUGCUUGAGGCUUCAGGAAAAUCAUGGGAUGAGGCAUUUGCUUUGGCGGGACUAGGUGGAUGGAAGCUUCAUGGCAUAGUAAAACCAAAUAGUAGAUCAUAGAACAUUUUAAAGUUUUCUAGAAUAGCUCAGCAGAUAGCAACCAUUCGCUGUACCCAAAUUCACCCUUUGAAUGCUUAUUUAUCUAUAUAUAAUAAUUUUUAAUUUUUCUUUGAAGGGUGUUUAAUGAACUUUCGACUUCUUGGCCUUGUGUAUAUUUAGCAGCGAGAAUUUUGUCAUUUAAA